UUUGUCUACGCUUCCCCUUAUUGGCCUUUUGCUUUGCUUUGCUUUCGACUUGUUUUUGUUUUUUGUUUAUUGUGUUCGUGCGUAUACUUUUUGCUUGCGUACAAAUCCACGCCGAUUUUUCGAACACAGGAAUCCCCCGAUUAGGAAAGAGUCUUCUUCCCUGCCCCCGCACGGCCUCAAAUUCCCCCCCUCCUGCGACCCACUGAUUAUUCCCAAUUCCUGCUUCGGCCGAUCCAGUUCGGUCCUGUCGAGUUCCGGUUGGUGCAUCUCCAGUAGUUCCUUUGCCCAAUUUGGUCUGCUGCGCCCUAUUGGUUGGAGGAUUCGACCCGGGGCUUGCUGGUUCGAGCUGCCAGUGGAGGGGAGCCGGAAUUGGAAUCAUAUCUCCUGAUUCCUCCACUGUUCGAUCUGAUCUAGCCUUGCCGGCUUCAGUGGCCUGCAACGAAAUGCUCGCUGGAUAGCUUGGUUCUGUCGCUGAUUUGCCCCCGGCUCGUCCGGAUCUCUGCAUGAUUCCCACCGAUUUGGGACCAAAACGAACGAAGUUUCACUCAGAGGGUGGUGAUUUCUCCGAGGGGUUCGUGGUUGCUGUGGCGGUGGAUCCAUGGCUGGGGAGAAGGCACCGCGCGCUUUCUCGAUGGAGGAGUUGCCGGGACAUCUCAUCGGGGAGGUCCUGACCUCCGGCAGGCUCGCCGCGGGGGACCUUGCGAGGCUUGAGGCCACCUGCCGGGCGCUCCGCCCGCUUGCCGAGCAUGCGGCCUCGCGGCUGUGCGAGGCGCGCACAGCUUUCGCGGUCAUGGGGCCUGCGGCCCGUGGGGAGCUCCUAGCAAGGUGUGGCGGUAGCUGGAAGAAGGUGCUCAGGUUCCUGCAGUCCGUGGAGCAGUCGUCGGACACCGUCGAGACAUCGUCUGGCAACAUGCAAGUAGCGACAGGGAGAUAUCACACUCUUUUGGUCCAUGACUCUUCUGUCUAUUCUUGUGGGUCCAGCUUGUGUGGUGUGCUAGGUCAUGGUCCAGAUACUACACAGUGUGUGGCAUUCAGUCGGGUUUCCUUCCCGGCACUUUCUCGUGUUGUAAACAUCUCUGCCUUUCACAACCAUGCAGCUUUUGUUACAGAGACUGGACAGGUGUUCACUUGUGGAGAUAAUUCAUCAUUGUGUUGUGGUCAUGGGGAUGUGGGGCGGACUAUAUUUCGGCCGACCCAAAUAGAAGCUCUUAAAGGAACUUUUUGCAAGCAGGUUGCUACUGGUCUAAGUUUUACAGUCAUUCUUACAAGGGAAGGGCAAGUGUACACUUGUGGAAGUAACACGCAUGGCCAGCUUGGUCAUGGUGACACCAUAGACAGGGCAGCUCCAAAGAUUAUUGAAUUAUUCGAAGGGUCUAGCCCAGUGGUGCAGGUUGCAGCUGGUGCGAGCUAUACAUUUGCUGUAACAGAUGAUGGGACAGUUCAUUCUUUUGGUUCUUGUACUAACUUCUGCCUUGGGCAUGGGGAUCAGCAUAAUGAACUUCUUCCACGUGCAAUCCAAUCAUUUAAGAGGAGGAAUAUUCAUGUAGUUCGUGUAUCUGCUGGAGAUGAGCAUGCGGUAGCUCUCGAUGCACUGGGAUAUGUCUAUACAUGGGGUAGAGGCUACUGUGGAGCAUUAGGUCAUGGUGAUGAAAAUGAUAAAACUAGCCCAGAAUUGAUUGGUAGUCUGAAGGGUCAAGUUGCUGUACAGGUCUGUGCAAGAAAGAGAAAGACCUUUGUUCUCACCGAUGAAGGCUCAGUUGUUGCAUUUGGGUGGAUGGGCUUUGGGAGUUUAGGGUUUCCUGAUCGGGAGUCUUCUGACAAAGUGAUGAAGCCUUGCGUUCUUGACAGCCUGCGUGGUCACUAUGUCUCCCAAAUAAGCACCGGACUAUACCACACUGUUGCGGUGACAAAUAAGGGCAUUGUAUUCGGUUUUGGGGACAACGAGCGAGCACAGCUUGGUCAGGAAUAUAUUCGUGGGUGCUUGAAACCUACCGAGAUAAUGUUCCACAAGAGUAGUAUGGAAGAUAUAGCAAUUGCAGCACCUAGCGGGUAAAUUGGAGGCGAAGGUUACCAUUUUAGUGUCCAUUGCAGCACCUAGCAGGAACGAGAUACGUGUUCAAAGACUUCAAAGUCUGCCAAAGGCCAGAGUAUAUACACUAGUAAAAGCUAUGGUUUGCCAAGAGAUGUGAUGCUGCCAAUGUUUGGCAUGAGCAAGAGACCUUGAAGAGAUGUAACGGAAACAUGUCAUUUCUCUUCUGUCGUUUCGCAGACCAAGAGACUCACCAUGUCAAUAUCUCUAGCGAAGUAAAUAGCCUGAAGAACAGCCUCAGUUUUGCUCGAUCUUCACGACGGAAACAAGAUAACUUGUUUUUGCUCGAUUAACCUGAUACCAGGAACAAACACCGAGACGACAACCUUUCACAUAAAUUCAAAUAACAAAGACACUUGAUGGGUGUCUCGGUCUUUA